AAGAGCACCUGACAUGUCAGAGGAAGUCUCCAACUUUCCUGCAGCUCUCAAUGGCCAGCUCAUUUCCAAGUGUGCAGCAGCUGGCUGCGGAGGCUCGCCGUGUGUACGGGCAGGUGUUCGGGGGAGACGCUCCACAGGUGGCGGUGUGUGCUCCUGGAAGAGUCAACCUGAUCGGGGAGCACACUGACUACAACCAGGGUUUCGUGCUGCCAAUGGCGCUGCCUCUGGUGACUGUGGUUGUUGGGAGUCAAACCUCUGGCCAGGAUGUUACCAUAGUAACAGCAACGGAGGAAGCUGACGAGCCUCGGAGGGUGGACUUCAGCCUGCCCAGUGAUGGAUCACCGCUGUCUCCAGGGUUACCCAGCUGGGCCAACUAUGUGAAGGGCGUUAUACAGCAUUACAGGGCUCCUCCUGUCCCAGGUUUCAGGGCAGUGAUAGCCAGCAGUGUCCCCCUGGGAGGAGGUCUGUCCAGCUCUGCCUCUCUGGAGGUGGCUUUCUACACAUUCCUGCAGCAACUCAAGCCAGAUGACGGAGACAAGGUGUCCAAAGCAGUGGCGUGUCAGCAGGCAGAACACACACAUGCUGGUGUACCCUGCGGCAUCAUGGAUCAGUUUGUGUCUGUUUUCGGCAGGGAAGGGCACGCUUUGCUCAUUGACUGCAGGUCCCUGGAGGCCACCCCUGUCCCUCUGGCAGAUCCAGGCCUGGUCAUUCUCAUCACCAACUCCAAUGUGAAACACUCUCUGACCGGCAGUGAGUACCCCAUGAGACGCAGACAGUGUGAGGAGGCUGCCUCCAUCUUGGGCAAAGCCAGUCUCAGAGAUGCUACUAUGAAGGACCUGGAGGAAGCGAGGGCGCGACUGGAUGAUGUCACCUAUCAAAGAGCUCGCCACGUGAUCGAGGAGAUAGACAGGACCGCCCGAGCCGCUGAAGCCCUGAAGAGAGGUGCCUACAAAGAGUUUGGCAAGCUAAUGGUGGAGAGCCACAACUCCCUCAGAGAUUUGUAUGAGGUGAGCUGCAGGGAGCUGGAUGAGCUGGUGUCUGCAGCCAUGGAGGUGGAAGGCGUGUUUGGCAGCAGGAUGACUGGUGGAGGAUUCGGCGGAUGCACCGUGACUUUGCUGCAAGCCCACGCCAUCGACAGGACGACACUACACAUACAGGAGCGAUACAGCGGAACCCCAACUUUCUAUGUCACGACUCCUUCAGAGGGAGCUCGGGCUCUCGGUCUGUCCUAAGCUGUGUCUGUCAACACAUUGCCGCAGUAUGAACACAAACACAUGCAUUCCUUUACAUAGGCUUUACUCAUUUCAAUUCUUGUAUUUAAAAUUCAAAUGAUAUGCUGUGAUGCAAACUGGACCUGGCUGAAAAUCAUUGUUACUGUUGGAAAAGUGCCUUCAAUAAAACAUUGCUUUCUGUUAACAUUUUUAUUAUUUGAUUUGCUUCAUGAUAUGGAUUACAUGUAUCAAUUGUUUUAUAUAAUUAUGACUUACACAACUGUAAAUAUACAAGUUAGAAUCAUAUUGCCUCUGAUUUUUUAUUGAAUAAAGUGUUGUUUAG